CCGCGAGUUGACGCGAGUCUCUCAGUCCGGUGGUGGUGUGCGUCGUACGUGCCUCGUCGUGCCCGUUGUCGCUCGUCCGUUCGCUCUUCGUGCGUUGCGCGAGGGAAUUCCCCGAUCCGAUCGAUCUCUCUCGUGAUUAUUCCUCUUCUCGACGACGACACUCCCCUUCCCUCUCAUUCUCUCGUCCACCUGCGAGGAUGAAGGCGGCUUACCUGCUGUGCGCGCUGCUCUGCGUAACGAUCGGCACUUUGGUGCUGGCUCAAGACGGUGCAGCAGGAGAACAGGCGGCGUCACCACCUUCUGCCAGUAGUACAACAACCGCCUUGCCAACCCUGAGUAACGACAAAAUUAAACUACCAUCCCCAACAAUCACCCUUAAACCGGAAACGACUACGACCCAAACUACCACCGGUAAACCGAAUACAACUACGAAGUCGACUGUUCCGACUACACCUUCGACCACCACAUCGACGACUACCACUACCACUACAGCAACACCACCCACUACUAAUCCUAAUAAUAGUACUAACGUUACUACUGCAUCUCCACCGUCUACACCUAGCACUAUCCCAACAUCCAAUGGUACGGUUACACCACUUACAACGCCUGUACCAGCUUCAUCCAAGGACCGUCACUUCGACGGUCUUAGCUUCUUCGGUGGUAUUAUCCUUGCCACGUGUCUGAUGGCGAUUUCCGUGUUCGCAUGGAAAUUCUACAAACAAUGCAGCGAAGGGAACUACCGUACACUGUGAUAACGUGCGAGGCUGUAUAACUAACAAAUUUUCGACAGUCGACAACUAAAUGCAGUUAAUUGAAUUAAGAACUAUGAAUAAUUAUUUUAUUGUAAUAAUAUUGCGUAUUUUUGUAACGCAGUUAAGUGUUGCGUGGUUUAAGUGCUCUUAGUAAUGUGAUGUGCAACCACGAGUUCCGUUUGUCUCGACAUGUAUACAUAUAGGAUGUUUCAUUUUAAAUGACCUAAGUCGAUUAUCUUGAAAAAUAAAGCAUUUUCAAGAAAGACGUUUCAUAUAAAAAUUGUAGGGGUUUUAUGUGGCGCGUUAUGUUAGCGAUGUUAGCGUGACUUUGAAUAGCAUUCUUAAGAUUACGUGAGAAUUACUUUGUAAUUCUUUAAUCCCUAUUUUUAAUUACAUUUUUGAUUACAUAUUUUUAUAACUGACCGCGAGAACUUUGCAAAACAUUAUAAUAAAGUUACUUUUCAUGCUUUAUUUUCGAAAUAAUUGUAGCACUUAAAAUGAAACGUCCUGUACAUAUAUGAUAUAUAGGUAUAUAUAUAUAUAGGUAUAUAUGCGGGGUAUAUAUAUACCUAUUUACAGAGAGUAAAGUAUCACAUGUAUUAAGAGCGACACUGCGGUCGUGUUUAUACGCGCGUUUCAUUAGUGGAUGAAAGAUAGUGGAGAGGUUGCGAGAUAGUAAAGGGAUGGGGAGGGGGUGAGAAACGAGCGGAAUGAUAAGAGAAUGGGAGGGGGGAAGGGGGAAAGUGGGUGCAUCGAGGAACGUUUCAGAGUUGGUGACCAAUCAAAUAUACAUUCCCGAGAGAGAGAGAGAGAGAGAGAGAGAAGAAAUCGUACUUCUGUAAACGCGCGCUAUACCACUUCUUAUAUUAUUUCCGCUCUCGAGCUCGGUAAGGACGCGAGAGUUAUAUCUGCAUCGGGUCAUUCUGUAUAUACCUCGUGGUUAGAGUUACGUAAGAUUAGACUUUUCUACGAUACGGUAGAAAGAGAGAGAGAGAGGGAGAGAGAGAGGGAGGAGAAAGUGCUUGGUUCGCAACGCGCUCUCUCAGCUGUCUCUCAGCGUGGUAACGUCGCGUCGCUUCAUGAACGAAAGGCGCGAGUCUUUCCGCGUCGGCUCGACGCCGCCGCGAUGCCAGCCGAUGUUGAAUAACGGCAGAAUCGGCUUCGAGAUGCUUCAAGAAUACACGAUAUCCGUAAUGCACGACGGUACGCCGAGUUAACACCGCGUGUUAUCGAGAAGGUGAUAGUCGUGCGGCACGGCCGUACGAUGGGUGCGAACUGAUAACUCCCUCCUUCGGUGCGUCGAUUGCCUUUGCUCGCCGGCUUCGUUCGCAACGUUUUCCCGGUGAAAAAAAAAAUGCGUUCACCACAGUUCAACGCGUGGAUAAUCGUCCGUGGGGAUCUCGGCAUUUGCAUUGUUAAUCGGAGCGCGGACUUACGUUUUUUUUUCUUUCUCCUCCUUUAUUUUUCUAUAUUCAGACACAUCACGCGAGAUUACGAGAUCCUUCGGUGACAUAAUAAUACAGACAUCGACGUGAUACUUUCGUUUUUUUCCUCCUUUUCUUUCUUCGACCACGUAAUUUCCUCGUUAUCUUCGCGUAGAUUGUGAUCUCGGUCGCGCGAUUAUUUACGCUUUGCGAUCGCAGGACCGUCGGCGUCUUCGAACGCGCACCUCUGCAGGCUCCCUAGCGUGCUUGCUCGUCGUCAGGUGGAAAGCCUAAGAAGCGUGCUCACGGAUCGAGCAGUUCCUUUCUCACACUUUCGCCUAAAACACGAGUCUAAUUAAGGAUAAUAAUAUUAAUUAAUUUAAGGCAAACGUUCUUCACACCCCAGCUUCUGUUUUUGUUUUCCUUGUCCUUUUAGAACGACGCGUUCACCCGCCGCGUAGAUUUCCCGGUAGCAAGUGUUAUAUUUUUUUAAGUAUACAGUGUUGUAUGAUGUUGAGUAAUCCUUGCGAAGCGAUUUUGUAAGCAUUACGUCUUUCUUAUAAAAAAAAAAAGAGAAAAAAGAAGAAAAGACCAAAAAACAUCACACGUUAUAUUAUCUCUGUAUUUCACGUUUCGUGCAAUAUUCGUGUAAAAAGAUUUUAAUUCCCUCGGAUUUAUGUUCAAGUUACGUCACAUUGGUACAACAUUGAAAGACCAAAGACAGAACACUGCGUGAUAUUUCAUGAAUCCCCGACCCCGCUCCCCCCGGCGUUCCUCUCGACGUUAUGCACUGACAGAGAGGAUACCACGAGGACACUUAUCUUCAACCGCUCGCCCUCGCAUUUCGCUUCGUCGGUCGCUCUUCGUCGCGUGAAGGAGUGAGAGAGAGAGAGUGAGGAGGGGGGGGGGGGAGCGCUUCGAUAAGAAAUCCAUAACAUCUGUCUCUCGACGAACGCCGCAUUUGUACUAACCGUUAUGUUUAUAUCGAUACCGCUCUUGCUUUCUCUCCAAACACAAUGCUCGAUCGCUCUUGUUGAGAGCGCAUGUUUCAAGCAUCUAAAAAUAUACUGUGUAAAAUAGAAAGAAAAAAAAGAAACGCAAAGAGCAAAGGCACUCUCUCGAAAGAGAGAGAAAGAGAGAAGAGCGUGGAUGCGGAUCGAUGACCGACCGCGAUAUUCUCACGUCGCGCGUAAUCGAUUGUUACGAUCGUUUCGAUUAAUUGGCAGAUAUUCAUAAGCGGGGACGAUGGAUAAGGCGAGAUAUAACUUCCCAUAUUCGAUAAGGGCGAUAAAUAUAACGUCGGUCGGAUUACGAACCAACACGUAAUUGUUCCGCAACUGUAUGACAUGUCAGGGCUGUCUCGAGGCGCCGGCGAAUAUUGCGCCGUUUCCUCGUACUUGUUAUAGCUUCUAUACUUGAAAGUAAUAAUAAUAAUAAUGAUGAUAAUAAUAAUCAAUCAGUAUCUCCGGCA